AUGGCGAGACAACCGCAUCGUGGGCGGACCGCGGAAGCCCUGCGCCCAUCGAAAGCGUUGCCGCAGCGACGUGGCCGCAUCGUUGGUGGAUCCCCGACUACGAUCGAGAAGUAUCCCUUCAUGGCGAGCAUGCAAACCUCGUGGUGGCCAGGAUUUUACGGCCCAACCUGCGGUGGCUCGCUCAUUACUACGACCACCAUUUUAUCUGCUGCUCAUUGUUAUGACAUCAUUCCAUCUGUGCCAAAUUGGAGGGCGCUUCUCGGAUCUGCCAAAGCAUCGGUCGAUGGAUUCCGUCACCUGAUCUCACACGUGAUCCUCCACCCCAACUAUGUCCGUAACCUGUGGCUCAGCGACGUGGCUAUCGUCAGGUUGACAACCCCAGCGAAGCUAUCCGAUAAAAUUAAGGUGGCGCGAAUUGCUGGACCAAACUACCUCCUGCCAGAUAACUUACGCGUUUACGUCGCUGGAUGGGGAGCUACAUACGCUGGCGCCCAAGUCGGUUCAGAUCUGCUACUGCACACGUACGUGCAUAUAAUCAACCACGCCCUUUGCACUAAGCGCUACGAAGAACUCCGGAAACAGCCUGGUCGCGAAAAUAACGCCCAAGUGACACCUGCCAUGAUCUGCACCGGUAUCCUCGACGUCGGCGGUCAGGACGCUUGUCAGGGCGACUCAGGUGGACCCGUCGUGUACCAGGGCGAUAUAAUCGUCGGCGUCACAUCCUGGGGUGAAGGAUGCGCUCAUCCUCAUUUCCCGGGCGUCAGUGCUCGGGUUUCGGCCUACACUCCUUGGAUAGUUGACAAUGCGUUGGCGUAAAAACACGUUUGAUUUUUAACGUACCUAUUUAUAACUGUAUUACAAUAAAUUAACAUUUUUUUA